GAACGGACUCGAGAUGUGUCCACCGGCCGCCAUACCAGUCGAGAGCGACGAACCAAGUCGCGCGAUCCUUCGGAAGAGCGCGGCAGAGCUUCAGCCAGGUCAUGGACAAGGCCAAAGAGAUCUCCCACAUCCCCGGUCCCAAUGUCUCCCGAGGACUUGGCCAUCCUGAGCAACCGCACAUUCGACAACUCCGUCGAGCCCCUGACGAUUCGAAAGGCGAGCGUGGCGAAAGUCAAGGCCAGCGGGCGGACAUCCAGCCGCGGAAGAGGUGGAUCGGUGCCGCGGUCACCACCGUCACCGGUGCCGCUGUCGGCGACGGCCUUGCAUUAUCAGGGGUCGGAGGACGAGGAGGACUUUCGAGCGGCCAUGCGGGCGCAGGAAGAGUUCAGGGCCAAGCACAGCCGGAGUGUCGGCCACAAUGUCAGCUCUCCAGCCGUCAGCCGGCGUGAGCAUGCGGAAAGUCGACGAAGAGAAGCGACCGAGACUCGGGAGGUUGCACCGGCGGCCUUGAGCCAGACAGUGCAGCCGCGAGCCGCAUCCACCGAGCACGCCGGCGACCUGAAGAAGAUGAAGGACGAGAGACAGCGGAAGAAGGAACAGGCUGCGCGAGAGCUAGAAGAGCGUAGAAAGUCUCUAGCGAAGCGAGCUCUGGGUCCCCAAAUCCCCCAUCCGAGCCAGAUAUCUCCCGGGAGGCCGCCGAUUCUGGUUGAAGCCGAGGACGAGAAGCUGCCGGAUGAUUUACCGCCUCGCUCUGCAACGGAGCCCCCGAGGACGGCGGAGCCGCCGAGGAGCAUGUAUGCUCAGAACAGGCCACAUAUUGGCCUGCCCGCUACCCCCAAGGCGAUGAGGCUCAUUAUCCGGUCGGACGAGAAUCAGUAUGAGGACCUCCCUGCUCCGCCGGUGCCGGCGACGUUUUCCCAGAAGUAUUCGCCGCAAAACUCACCUCAGUACUCUCCAGGAUACACUUUGGGCAAUAAUGUGUAUGAAGAGGAGCAGAAGCAGCAGCAGCAGCGAUUGCAGCAACAGCAACAGCAACAGCAGCUUCAGCAGCAGUAUGAGCAACAACAGCAGCAGCAGUAUGAGCAACAACAGCAGCAGAAGUAUGAGCAACAACAGCAGCAGCAGCAGCAGAAGUAUGAGCAGAAAGAGGAGGAGCCGCCGUUGACGCUGCUGCCAUCGACUGUAUAUCAGCUGCCGUCCACUGUUUACCAGCCGCCGUCUCGCCCCAUGAUUCCGCGAAGCAUGUCAGCACCGAUCCCUGAAGAGCCCCUUCGCUCGACUCGUUACGGGAGAAAGGGGAGUGCCAAUGAGGGGAGAGGCCUCGACGAUAUCGUAGAGACGGAGUGGCGUCGGCAAGUGAGCAACCUGGUGCCGCCUCCUCCACCACCUCCCCCUUCGGCGCCCCAUACUUUCCUCAAGGAGCUGCAGCAUCUAGCCGUGCCGCCCCCUCCUCCGCC